AUGCCGGAUAUUCACGCUUUCGCGUCUGCCAAUGGCUCGAGUCCUGAGUCUCAUUACAGAGAUCGGUUAUCUUAUCUGUCACUAGAGGAAAAGGUUUCUCUACUUUCUGGUGUCAGUUUCACAAGCACUGCUGGAAUAGCCCGACUAGGUAUACCUUCCUUGAAGGUCAGCGACUCGAUCAACGGUGUUCGUGGUUCCCAAUCACAUCUCGAGGACACUGGUACAGCUUGUUUUCCGAGCUCGACCUGCCUUGCCUCAACAUGGAACACCAGUCUUAUGAGAGAAUUUGGCAAAGAGGUUGCCAUACAAGCCAAAUCGAAAUCAGUACAAGUUGUGCUCGGCCCCAACAUCAAUAUUCAUCGAGAUCCACGAGCCGGUCGCAAUUUUGAAGCAUUUAGCGAAGAUCCUCUUGUCACCGGCGAGCUGGCCGCUGCUAUCGUUGAUGGAAUUCAGUCUCAGGGAGUGGGUGCCUGUGUGAAGCACUUCGUCGCCAACGAAAGCGAGACAGGCCGCCGACGCUACAAUGUUGAUGAGCCCGGCGAUAGCAGGACAAUGCGAGAAUUAUACUUGCGCACAUUUCAACAUUUGUUACGUCGGGCCAACCCUGUUGCAAUAAUGACAGCGUACAAUGCACUCGACGGCCAUUUCUGUAGCCAGACUCCUCUUAUCAAGUCAUUGCUCCGGGAUGAUUGGAAAUUCGAUGGUUGUAUCAUGUCCGACUGGUAUGGGACUAAGAGUACGAGCGAAGCUCUGGAGGUUGGCCUCGACCUCGAGAUGCCUGGGCCAUCUGUCUACCGUGGCUCGAAACUAUUGGACGCAAUCAAGCGCAAAGAGGUCUCCGAGGAAGCACUCAAUGCUGCCGUGGCAAAUGUUUUAUUAAUGGUCGAUCGGACUAGCCCUAGCCACAGCGACAAGGAAGAAGAAUCGUUGAUCUGCGAUUCAACCAGCGCCAUGGCAUUGAAAACGGCAUCAGAGGGAAUCGUACUACUGAAGAACGAACACAACAUUCUCCCACUUGACCUGACCGGUGAUUUGAAAGUCGCUCUUAUUGGAGCUGCUGCUGUCAAUCCAUCUAUUACUGGUGGGGGAGCGCAUGCGCGAAGCCUCAAUAUCUGCUUCCAAGAUGCGUCUAAAGAUCCCACGCAGGUGUCCUUUGUGCAUGGUGUCAACGCUCAUCAUGUCAUACCCCUGAUGCCCGUCAACAUGAUGAAGUCCCGAAAUGGUCUCCCUGGUGUGACUGUGGACUAUUACUUGGAUAGUUCUGACACGCCUGUUUAUUCUGAGCAUUCCGAGCAGCCUGUCGUGGUGAUGCUUGGAAGGUUGAAACCAGGUCUGACUCAAACUGGGUUCCAUUAUAUCAUGGAAACAACUAUCACCGCAAAUGAACGUGGCAAACACACGUUAGCUGUGCAAGCUACUGGUGAAUUCACAUUAUGUGUGGAUGGAAUUGAGAUACUCUCAAAACCCGCCCCAGUCAUGUCUGUCGAAGAUUUCUUAUUUGAGCCGAAGAAAUUGGAGAGUGCCAUUGGGUUCCAAAUGGAAGCUCAUAAGCCUUAUAAAGUCACAUUGAAAACUCAUUCUCGCGAUGUCCCUUCGGCCGAUGGGGAGCUAUCUCCUCAUUCGGCAAAAUUGUGUUUCAUAGAGGAGCACAACGAUCGCGUCGCCAUCGCUGAGGCAGUCACCGUAGCUGCUCGCUCAGACGUCAGCGUUAUCUUCGGAGGUCGCACACACGAACACGAGUCUGAAGGUUUCGACCUUCGUACCCUGACACUGCCCGAGAACCAAGUCCGGAUGAUAAAAGCAGUUGCUAGUGUAUCCAAGAAAACAAUCUUUGUUAUGCACUGCGGAAAUCCUAUCGAUGUCUCUGACUUUAUUGAUGACGUCGACGGAGUCCUGGCAGCUCAUUUCCCGGGACAAGAAGGAGCACAAGCCAUCGUCGAUAUCAUCGCCGGAAAGACAAAUCCUAGCGGAAAAUUGGCUACCACGUGGCCCAUACGGCUGGAUGAGAGCUCUGUUCCGUCAUUUGGAAACUUCCCAGCUCGGGACUAUGGCAAUGGACCGGUCAUUCGAUAUCGCGAGGGUUUGCAAAUGGGCUACAGAUCUCCCAACAGGGCGUCUUCUAUCCGCUGGCCCUUCGGAUAUGGCUUAUCAUACUCUACCUUUGAGUACAAAAGCUUAGAGGUCAUUGUUUAUGAAUCCAUGAGCCGUGAUUCGCCUCUCAAGAGCUCCAGCAAGACAGUCAAUAUCGCCGUGGACGUUCAAAACACGAGCGAUAAGGCUGGAUAUGAGGUCAUUCAGGUUUACAGCCAGCCUCCGCUCCAUUCCAUGGUCUGGAGACCUCAGUCUGAGCUGAUCGCGUUCACUAAAGCAUGGCUUGAGCCGGGAGAAACUAGACGGAUCGGCCUCUCAGUGUCUCAGCGAGACAUUAGCGGCUAUUGGGAUAGCGCGGCUAAAUGCUGGCGGUCUCUCAAUGGCAGUUACAAGAUUGCUACGGGGGCUGUGCAGUUAAUCUGCAAAUCGUAG